AUGGAUUUGAUACGCGUGUUGGUUUUACUGCUGUCCACGCUGUGUCCUUGUAACGUUUGUGAUGGCAGCAAAGGUGAGAUGGGUCGGAUUGUGAUCGCCGGCCUGUUUCCGUUGUCAGACAGGGUCCCGGAAGGGCUCAUCGGGCGUGGAGUUCAACCUGCAGUGGAACUUGCUCUGGGUAUGAUCAACAACGAGACAUCCAUCCUGCCUAAACAUCAUCUAGACAUUGUCCAAAGCGAUACGCAAUGUGACAUGGCGGUAGCGACAAAGUUCUUCUUUGACCUCGUCGCCAGCAACAGUACCGUUGUCAUGGUAUUUGGAGACGCGUGUUCAGCCGUGUCAGGACCUAUCGCUGAAAUAUCAAAGGAAUGGAAUGUCUGGCUGUUGUCUUAUGCCGACAUGGACCCAGCUUUGUCGGACCGAAAAAAGUACCACAACUUCUACAGGACGGUUCCCAGCGAUAACGACUUUAACCCGGCUCGUCUUGCGCUUCUUAAAGAAUUCAACUGGACCACCGUGGGAACCAUUUUCCAGGGAGUCACCAAGGGAACGGCUAGAUAUGGACAUGCCCACAACAAUCUUGCGUCGCUGUUGGAGAAAGCGGAUAUUGACAUUGUGAAAUCUGUCGCCUUUGUCAACGAUCCUGAACACGCCAUCAAAGAACUUAAGAGGACAGACGUGCGUAUAAUUAUAGGGAAUUUCGACGAACAAAUGGCACGUUUGGUUUUCUGCCAUGCGUAUCAGAACGGAAUGUACGGCCCCAAGUACCAGUGGAUCAUUCUAAGCGGGUACCGGAAAAUGUGGUGGACAUUCGAGGACACCACCCAUAAUGUCACAUGUUCGCUAGCGGAGCUUAACACCACCAUAUAUGGCUACAUCUCUACUGACAUACUCCCCCUCUCCAGUAGUAAGAGGCGCACAGAGUCAGGCCUGACGCCUCAAAAGUACCACAAGGAGUAUAAUCGAAUGCGGCGCCGUGCUGGGAGUCCAUACAGCAAGUACCAUGGCUACGCGUUCGACGGUGUAUGGGUGAUCGCUAAGGCGGUGGACGCCCUCCUCCGGAAGUUGGAUCGGGACCGACCUUCCGGACGCCAUCUAAGUCGGGACCUCGUAAGCGGAGAUCGGAUAUCUGCAGCUCUUAAUGAUACAAACUUUCGGGGUGUCACCGGGCAAAUUAAAUUCAGCAGCGGUGACAGGGUUGGAUCUGUCCUCUUUGAGCAACACCAGGGUGAAGACAUGGUGAAAAUCUACGAGUACCACAGAAUUAAUGACGUCAUCACAAACAAGAGUAAAGACAGUCGGCCAAUCAUCUGGAGGGGCGAGAAUGGCCCCCCUAUCGACCGGAAGCACGUUCGUGAGGAAUUUCAGCGUGUACCUAAAGGGAUCUACUAUAGCAUGUGUACUCUUUCGGGGAUGGGCGUCAUUGUUGCGGUGUUUUUUCUUGUCAUUAACAUCAUCUUCCGUGAGCACAGGUGAUGUACGAGCUGUACUCG